GUCCGUAUCGGGUCCGUUCGAUUAACGGGGCACAAGCUUCGGGGCUGCCCGUUGUUUGUGCGUCGCGCUCGCGCAGAAGCUGUGGUGCCUCACCGCCUCCUCCCCACCCACCCCUCCAACACGCCGCUGGGGGCGGGAUGUGGAGCGACUGAGUUUCGGGCGAGCGUGGAGUCGCCGUCCAGAGAAGCAACAGGAAGAGAUGAACCACCUCCCUACAACCGCCAUGGUGUAACAACUCCCCCAAGACAAGCAAAGUACAAACCCAAAGCACAAGAAAGGUGCCGCAAUGGGGAGGGUAAGCUCGGGCCUGUCAGAUCAGAGGGAGGAGAUGGGUCUCAUUCGCCUCUGCCACUGGGGUCCGGCCGUGGCGCUCUCCGUAAUCACCGUGUGCACCUGCAUGGCCAUCCUGGACUCGCUGCUGUGGUACUGGCCCACCGAUACACCCGGCGGGCUUCUCAACCUCGCCGUGCUCUCCCUCUGGGCUUUUCUCAUCCUCUACAACUACUUCAGUGCCAUGUUCGUGGGGCCUGGCUAUGUGCCUUACGGCUGGAAGCCCGAAAAGCCGGAGGAUGUACAGUACUUGCAGUAUUGCAACAUCUGCCAGGGGUACAAGCCCCCACGCUCACACCACUGCCGCAAGUGUAACAGGUGCGUGAUGAAGAUGGACCACCACUGCCCAUGGAUCAACAACUGCUGUGGCCACUACAACCAUGCGUACUUCACGUGGUUCCUGCUGCUGGCACCGCUGGGCUGCUUGCACGCAUCUGCCAUCAUCUCUCUGACCAUCUAUAGCCAGCUGUACCACAGGGUCAGCUCCUGCUCCCACUGGCUCUCCUGCAGGAUCUCCUUUGGGAUGACAAAACUGCAGAUCGACGUGUCGGCUCCGCCCGUGGGACCUGUACCGUUCGGAGUUUCAGCUUUUGCUGCAUCCCUGUUCGCUCUGGGCCUUGCUGUGGGCACUACCAUUGCCGUGGGAAUGCUUUUCUGUGUACAGAUUAAAAUUAUUUUGAGAAACAAAACUUCCAUUGAAACCUGGAUUGAAGAAAAGGCACGGGACAGAAUCAACUAUUAUAAACUCGACGAGAAGUUUGUGUUUCCGUACGAUCUCGGCUCACGCUGGGCAAACUUCAAACAGGUGGUGACGCUCAAGGGCAUGCCGCGUGGGAACGGCGUGCACUGGGCCCUUCACGAGGGCUGCGACCCCUACACGCUCACGGUGGAGCAGCUCAAGCAGAAGGCUGACAAGAGAGCCAGGACUGUGCCGUACCGUGCUUCGGAGAACUACAGCGGCGCGUGCUGCCCCAUCACCAAGGGCGUGAGGACGCUCUUCGGGAUGCCCUGCACGGAUGAGCCUCGCAUCAAGCUGACGCAGGGCGAUGUUGUGCUCAUCACGCGCGCCACCAAGCACUGGUUUUAUGGAGAAAAGGUUGCCGAUGGUGAUCUUCCCUUUGAUCACCCACAUCUAGUUGCUGAGAUAUACCUGUCCUGGUAAUGUGUUGCCCACCAUGUAGCACACACAGUGCACCCAUCACAACUCACUUGUUGCAUCUGCACUAAUUUUGGCAUGUUCACUUAUGAAUGUCCAAUGUGCUCACCCUAUCCUGACAUGAAUUUCCUAGCAAUUCUCCACGGCCGCUAGUAUUAAAAGGCCUAAAGCUUUUCUUCUAGUUGCUUUAUUAAAAUCCCAUUCCCACUCAUGCAGUAAUAUGAACAUUACCAUCUCUCGAAAGAGUGCCUUGUAACACCAAUGUUGACUUCACUUUCCUAACAUCUCUUGACCUUGCAACCCUCUUGAUUAUACACCUUGCUACUUAAAUGAGUGAAGUCUUCUACCUCCGCAUUCUCAAGUUCUACUUUGAUAAACGUACAAGAGGUGCGUUUCUAACCACCGCCAUUAACAUCCAUGGAAUUCGCAAGUUCCUAAAUCAAAGACAUGGGUUGAUCUCGGAGGGCACUUAACCGAUGGAAUUAAGCACAGUAAAUUGAUUAUGUACAAAAACUGCCCAAAGUCUCCCUCUUUGAAAGAGUGAAGGCCUAAAUAACACGAUGCAAUUUCAGUGAAUUCCGUCUGAGGGCUUUCAGUUGCGUCACUAUUGUGUAUUUUUUACACGAUGCAAUUGGUCGCAGUGCAGUUGCGUGAUUGAUCCCGGUUUUUUAUUUUGCAAUCUGACACAAUUGUCAACGUAGCCUCAGAGUUCACCUCGCCUGGCACACGUGCUGUGGUGAUGUCACCACCACUUAGUGCCAAAUGUUGGUUGUUGUACAGCAGCUGUUUCCUUGUGUGAGAAUCGCAAAUAUGCGUGCUCGUUUUUGUGUGUAUGUACGCCAGGUGUGUGAGAGAGAGAGACCGUUUGCGUGGUAAUUAAUGGGCGUGUGCACAUUUGUUUUGUGUGCGUACAAUAGUCAUGUGGAUUUGGAUGUGUGUGUGUGUGUUCCGGUACAACACGCAUGGUGGCGUAGUAGUUAGCUCACUGUGACAUUAAUGUUGUUCGAGCAUUGGCCAUGGCUAACAUCGAUGGCGAGUGUUAUAUGAACCAGUCCUGGGCGUCAAGGUUGACUCCUCUUUAUACGAGUACCUUGUGCAGUGUAUAUGCACAUUUUCUGCGCUUGCACCAUGCCUGCCUUGUUGUUGCUCGUUAAGAACACUACCCUGACAUCUGGUGUAAGCAUGUGUGUGUAUAUGUGUGUGUGAGUGUGCUUGUUUAUGUAUAUUUAUACAUGUGUUUAUGUAGCGUGUGUCUUGUUUCCUGUCUCAUGGCACCCUUUGGGACAGUAUUGCACUGUUGCAGUGUCACCUCGAACGCUUGCUUGCGAUCGAUGGUUUGCAAUCCUGUGCAGUCUUUAAUUAUACGCCCACAUCGAUUGCACUGAAAUGGCAUCGUGUAUCUCGGGUCUUUAAUAAUCCUCCGUGAGAUUUCACCAUGGUAAAGAACAUUGAGUUUACUUGAAACACCAUCCUGUAAUGUGUAUGGAAGUUUAUUGUACAUAUAUACGUCUCUUUAAUCCAUUGCUAGAUAAGGGCCUCCCCACACUGAGGCUCGUGGUGGUCAGUGCAAUUAGAUGGAGACAGGGAGCAUAGAAUACAUCACAACGAUUAUUAUAAUUCAAUCACUAUACAGUUUCAAACCUGCUUAGUUUCCGAACUCUGAUGAGAUGGGGCUCAUUCCAGGUUAUUUGGUCAGAGGCAGCCGUGAGAGUAUGGUGCAUGAGUGUGACACGCGUGGUGUGUGUGUGGCAUGUGAGUGAUGCGUGUGUUGUGUGUAGCACAUGCGGGGGUGUGUGCAUGGCACGUGCGACGCGCGUGGUGCACGUGGCACGUGAGUGUAUGACGUAUGUUGUGUGUGCGCAUG